CGUAUUCCUAACGCUUAGCACGACGCGCCACACCGCCGCGAAAUCAUUGUUGCUGUUAAACUCAUUUGAUCGCCAUUAAAUUGUGAAAGACUAGACUAUGUCAAUUUAUAAAGAGAACUGGGCGAGGAGAACAGUCAGGUUCAGCUUAAAAAUGAAUAAAAAUUCUGGGAAUAUACAUUUUGUGUUUGUUUGUGACGAUUUUAAUCCACUGCAGACGAAACUAAUUUAAAAAGUUAUGUCUAUAGAGUCAAAUACCUUUUCGCCUUCAAAAACAAACUUUAUAAGUUUAUAUGAACACAUUUACACUUCUCUCCAUUCAGUUACUACUUAACUACACUGAAACCUCGGGAUGAGAAUCUUAAUCAUUUUUAUCUUAAUCUACAUCAUCACCUCAUCUUGGUGUCAAGAUGAAACAGUGUUUCACUGCUCUACCAAGCCUGGAUGCCAGAUCGCACAAUGUGAUCCGGUUUCUGUAGGAUGGGACAGACCAGGCUUCGACAUUGAUGAACAUCUGCAUGACAAAGAGUUUCCAAUUACGUGCAAAUACCAGAAUACGGCACAACCUGAGAAUGAUGCCAACCUGUUUCCUUUAGUAUCCAGGAAUACUUUAGAUAUCGGAAGUAUCAAAUCAAAAUUGAAAGAGCUGCAAGGAAAAAAUGAGAUUGAUGAACUUCGGAAGAUAAAUGCAGAACAAUCAUCUGAGAUCAGAGAGUUGAGGAAAGAUUUGAUUGAAGUUCAAGAAAAGAAUGAUAAGUUGGAGAAAGAGAUGAAUAAACAACAGAAAACAAAUAAUGCGUUGAAGAAAGCGAUAUCUCGAAUUGAACAAAAAGGGGUUGAAACGGAGAAGCCUUCGCAUCUUCAAACUAGAUCAAGACAGAUCACCAGACCAACAACAAGGACUCGAACAACAUUAAAAUCAACUCCUCCUCCAGAAAACUGCAAAUUGAAGAUUGGAAAUAUCUGUUAUUUUGCUGUGGUGAACCCAAUUGCAGUCAACUACAACGAAGCAUUUCAGAUCUGCCAGAAACGUAACGCAAAUGUUGGUUUGAUCCGGAAUAAAGAGUCUUACAAUGCAAUUGUAAAUUAUUUCAGAAAUAUCUUAUAUGAUUGGCCAUGGAUCAAUAUAUGGACAGGAAUCCGCUUUGAUCCAACGACUCGUGCCGUCACACCUAAAGAUUCAUUCAUUAAAUGGUUCUCAGGUUUUCCACAUACCGGAAUUCAUUAUAAAGAUUACACAAAUGUUUAUCUGUAUGUUCAUUCCAACCAUAGAUUGCUAGGUAUGGGCAAUGCUCCUCCUACACGGGAGUUUUAUAGAGUGAUUUGUGAGAUCCAGAUCUGAUGAAACGUCGUCCUGGUUGAGGUUCUCUGGAUCAUUAAAUCAUUGAAUUCGAGUUUAAACAAUUGACAUAUAAUCAUUCAUUCAAAUUUUAAUUAAAAAUAGCAAACAUUUUCAAACAGUCAUAUUGUUUUAUAUGUUAGAUUAUUUUGACUACGUCGUACCAACUUUUUUGAAUUAUGAAGGUGGAGAUGGAAAAUUUAGAGAUUUCAAACUCUCAAUCCAUCUAAUUUUAGAAAUUCAAAAACAAAAAAUAUCACGAAUUUGCCUCAUCACUUCGAAAUAAAUUCAGCUUCCAUGUGA